CGACAACUAGGUCGCACAAGCCGAGGAACGGAAGAAAUGGAUUUGGUUGCUAACUCAGUGGGAGUGACCUUAUAAUCGGAAACUACGAUACGUUUGACCUCCGAGAGGAAAGCUAAAUACGGGGAUACACGCCGGUUUUUUUUUUCCAGUCACUGUGCUUUUUAUCAGUGUUUUGUAGAAAAACGUUCACUUGUACUCCAACAACGAGAUCGCUUCGUCCUCGUUUCCCGGAGUGCAGUUUAAUAGCUCUAGAAGUCCGAAGAAUCCUUCUAGCGCAUCGAUAUUUCCACCGGCAGAAAAAGAAUCAGCCGAUUUCUUCAGGCGUUUACAUCUCAAAGUAAAUAUAUUUACCACUCCAAGGAAUUUCUCUCCUGGAAUUUUUAACUAGCAUUUUACUAGAAAUCAAAGACAAUAUUACAAAGAAGUUGUGCGUAUUCUGGCAGGAGCUAGUCGUGAAAGAAAUAGUUUGACAUUUUCUGGUAGAUUCCACCGUCUUUUUCUUAACAGAACGAAAGUGGGCAAUUAAGGACAACUAUUCCAAAUUUUGCCAGAGUGGUUUUAAGGUCUUAAAUAAGUCUCAUUGGACUAAACGUUUACAUAUUUCCCCCCAGUCGUCCGUCUCAAGUAUUUUGGCCGGUAGAAGUUUGCGGUUGUUUACCACGCUGAACUUUUUGAUUGUUUCACCACGUGUGUAAAGAGUAGCUAACGUUUGUAAGAAUGCAGGCAGAGUCAUAGACAGACUCAUAGUAGGAGUGAGAGCGAGGGAGUGGCGGCGACUACAACACGGCAGAUGAAUUAUUCCCUUUCACAAUAGCAGGUCGUAAAGACAGAACAACACAGGAGGAAAAUUUAUUUCCCAUCUGGACUUGGGGUAUUUUUUAAGGAAUCUGAAGCCUGUUUUUGAGUUUUACGGACUCGGCGGUCUUCUCGUUCUUGGAAAACUAGUGUGGCUGUCGCGGCUUGACCACCGGCGAGUGACUUACAAGAGGACAUUACUGAGAAGAAAAAUCCAAUUUUUCUUCUCUCAGGCACAAAUACAGCAUCAUCGAGUCCACGCGGUCAGUGAGCGCUCCCCAUUUCAUCCCGGCAGAUAUCCUGACGUCAGAGUUAACCUAACGGUCAAGCCAGGUCUCUGGACCGGUCAUAUACUGUAGUAACCAGCCAAAGUGACCACUUGGGUAGUGACCUUAAGUUCCCUGGGGGAUUUUAACCCGUCUACUGGUAUUCCAUAAGUCCCCGGAGCCACCGUUCACCUUCUCGGUCACGCCGACCUUCCCGGAGCUUGACCUGAGAUUUCCUCUAGGGACAGAGCGCUGAUCUUCACCUCGUCUUACCGUCUGUCUCGCCAUGCCUCCACGACCACCGGAAAAAUCCAACAACGCUAUCACCGAGAUUGACAACCCUUGUUAUGAUCCGUCAUUAGACGACUCGGCCAUGGAAAAGGCAACCUACCCUGCUCAAAACGGGACUCGGCCGCCGGAAAACGGAACGGAACACUCUCAAAAUGGAAUUUCAUUUAUCGAACUGAAAGAAAUGUCUCCUUCCAAGGAGUCGAAGCCAGAGAGCGCUAGUGUCGCUAUAGACAAUCACGAACAUUCUCAUCCUGGUGGGACCGAGACUAACGAUGACCCGUUGUAUCAUUUUAGGGACCCGCCCACACACGAUGACAAGGAACCUAUCCAUAAAGUCAAGUUCAACAGAGCCAGGACUUUCUGUACCAUUCCAAAGCUUAUUAUCUCUGCAGUGAUCAUACUCACAAUAUUAUUGGCUGUAGCUGUAUAUUUCCUUGUUAUAUCAAUAUUACACAAUGAAGGCUCACAAAUAUCUUACUCUGGAGCUCCAUCUAGCGUCAUACAAGGCAGCUUCAAAAUUAUAGGGGGAGCUGUCUUCAGUGACGAGCUUAACGAUCAUCAUUCAUCUGCAUUUAUAGUUUUAUCAAGGGAAAUUCAAAAAGAGCUCAACAUAAUAUUUUCCAAACAUGAACCACUGGGCCAAAGUUAUAACUACUCAAGAAUAACAGAAUAUAGGCAGGGCAGUAUCGUGGUCCUGUGUACUCUUCACAUGGUCAAGCAGUACCCGUCAGACCAGCUCCAGCAGUAUGUGGACAGCGUCCUGGAGGACAUCCCGCUGGACCAUGAUGGCAGCAAGAAACUGGGACGCUUUACACUGGACAGCAGUAGUAUUAAGCUGAAAGUGAGGGUAAUGGAGAAGAAUGGCUAUGAUAACCAAAGUACAACAGCGUCAAGUAUAUGGUCAACAUCAAGUACAGCUCAGUCCACGGCCACUGCCACACCUACAACUACUGCUUCAACAACUACUACACCCAGCACUACGAUUGUCAUGACCACGCCCACUACAUUGCCCCCUAUGUUUGAUAUCCGUCUGGUUAACGGCAGUGGACCACAUGAAGGAAGAGUAGAGGUGUUCAUCAACAACCAAUGGGGAACUGUUUGCGAUGAUCUGUGGGACGAUAACGAUGCUGCUGUGGUCUGUAGACAGCUAGGAUACAGUGGGGUCGCAGUGGCACGCAGACAGGCGUACUUUGGUUCAGGCUCAGGGCCAGUCUUCCGUGACGAUGUCGGUUGCCAUGGAGAGGAGGCGUAUCUGGCUCUGUGUACGCACGAUGAGACAGGACGUGAAGCAUGCAGCCACAGGGAGGAUGCAGGCGUCACAUGCGAUGUUGUUACCACAACGUAUUCGUCCACAACCAUGGCAACUACACCUAGUACACCGUGCCCAGGUUUUGUGUGUGUUGAAGGAACGUGUAUAGCAAGUUCUCGUCUAUGUGACGGACAUCAUGACUGCCUUGGUGCCGAGGACGAGGAUGACUCCAGGUGUACAACUCCAGGAGUUGCAGUGCGGCUGGUGGAAGGAUUGACACCACUAGAGGGCAGAGUUGAGGUGUUGUAUAAUAACACCUGGGGAACCAUCUGUAGAGAUCUGUUUGGAGAGGAAGAUGCCAGGGUGAUCUGUAGGAUGCUGGGACAUCUUGGAGAAGUCAGGGUGCUGUCACAGAAGUAUGGCGCUGGCACAGGACCUAUCUGGCUGCGUAAUCUGAACUGUGAUGGUGACGAGGCAUCCCUGGCAGAGUGUCACCAUGACGGCUGGGGGAGGACGGCCGCCUGCGAACACUACGAAGACAUAUCUGUACAAUGUUAUGUUGCCACAACUACCACAGUAACAACUCCAGAGCCAACAACACCAACAACAGCAGCAGUGACAACUCCCUUUACAACAUUACUUACACUGUCAACAACACAGUCAACAACAGUGACAACAGCCAUUACGACUUCUGUAGCUACGACAACACCUCCGUGUAGCGGCGUGGUUUGCCCCACGGGAGACUGCGUGCCACGUGAACAUGUGUGUGACGGACACGACGACUGCUUCAUUUCUAAGGCAGAUGAGCAGAAUUGUACAACUCCAGUGAUAGCAGUGAGGUUAAUGAACGGUACCAUGGUAACAACAGUACAGGGUGCCGGCAGAGUGGAGGUCCUAUAUAACAAUGUCUGGGGGACGGUGUGCGAUGAUUUCUUCUCGGAGGAAGACGCUAUGGUGAUCUGCAGGAUGCUGGGCCACUAUGGUCCAGCUCGUCACAUUCCUCGGCCUCAUGGCUUUGGUCACGGCACAGGGAACGUCUGGCUGAGGAACGUCCGUUGUGGCGGCAGUGAGACGUCCCUGGCGCAGUGUACACUAACCUGGGGACGACACAACUGUGAGCAUACUGAAGAUGUGGCAAUAGAGUGUACGGAUGCAGCUUCCACCCCUGCCUCCUCCACCACCACCAUUUCCUACCCUACUCUGAGCACAACCCCUGUUACCAUAGUUACCACAGCUUCCUGUGCUGGUUUCCGUUGUCAUGGUGAUGGUGCAUGUAUCCCAGCAGUCAAUGUGUGUGACGGUCAUAACGACUGUGUCCAUGACGACAGCGACGAGCAAAACUGCACAACCCCUGACAUAGAGGUCCGCUUGAUGUCCAGGGAGGUCAACACCACAGCAGAAGGUCACGGUCGGGUUGAGGUCAAGUUCCGCGAGACAUGGGGCACUGUAUGUAAUGAUUUCUUCAGCGACGAGGAUGCUGUGGUGAUAUGCAGAAUGCUGGGAUUUGGAUCCACAGGCGUGGCUUUCCAUAUUCCUGGCCACAGUUAUGGACCAGGCACAGGACCAAUAUGGCUGCGGGCUCCUAUCUGUAAUGGAACGGAGAGCAGUUUGAUGGAAUGCACACUGAAGUGGGGACAACAUGACUCAUGUCUACAUAGUGAAGAUGUGGGUCUGUCCUGUGUCAACCUGCCCACUACAGGUACCUCAGUAUCUCCUACACCAACAGCCACAGCCAGAACAACUGCUGCACCAACAGUAACCACCACAGCUGUACCAACAUCACCCACAUCCCCAGCCUGUGCUGGGUACAUGUGUCAAGACAGCUCUGGGAAGUGUAUUCCAGCUGAACAUUACUGUGAUGGUCACAAUGACUGCUGGGACAAUGAUGACGAGGAUAACUGUACAGUACCAGACAUUCAAGUCCGUUUAAUGAAUUUCUCCAUGGAUACGUCUCAUCUUGGCCAGGGUCGAGUAGAGGUCUACUACAGAGACACCUGGGGGACAGUCUGUGAUGAUUUCUUCCACCUGAAUGAUGUCAUAGUAUUGUGUCGUAUGUUGGGGUUCAAUGGGCCAUCCAGAGAAGCGCCAGAUCCAGUGGAGAUGUUUGGAGAAGGCAAUGGCACAGUGUGGUUGAGAUCAUUGCGUUGUGAAGGCACUGAGUCUUCUCUAACACAAUGCAGUCCAAGAUGGGGCAGGCAUAGCUGUGGACACCAUGAAGAUGUGGCUGUGAUCUGCUCAGAUGCCGUGUCCACUUCUCCGGGACCAGCACCCACUGUGACACUCACUACCACCAGCGCGGGUUGUGCGGGAGUGCUGUGUGGCACGGGCAAGUGUGUGGACCCUGAACACGUGUGUGACGGACACGAAGACUGCUUUGACAGAGAGGAUGAGACCAACUGUAGUAUACCUGAGGUCAAUGUGAGGCUGAUGUCCAACACCACGGUCAGUACCAGUGAGGGGCGUGGUCGCGUUGAGGUCCAGUUCCGUGGUCAGUAUGGGACAAUAUGUGAUGAUUUCUUCUCCAGUGAGGAUGCCACUGUGCUGUGUAGGAUGGCUGGAUUCAAUGGGACAGGCACACAGCUCCCGUCUCCGCGUGACGUGGUGCCGAGAGACGUCAAUUACGGCCAGGGCACAGGUCCUAUCUGGCUACGGAGCCUCCACUGCCGCGGGGAUGAACAGACCAUACAUGAGUGCUCGGCGGAGUGGGGGCGCCACUCCUCCUGUAGUCACUCAGAGGAUGUAGCCAUCCAGUGCUUGAACAGCUAGAGUAUUAGGACACCUGUUUAUUUAUUUAUUUAUUUAUUUAUUUAUUUAUUUAUUUAUUUUUUUUAUAUUUACAGUAAAAACUUGGAAAUUUAGUGUUGGCUUAAAAAUUUUGUAAGAAGACGAUUCUCUUCAGAAGUAAUUUUUUAAACUUUGAAAAUCUCGUCAAACUUGAGAAUGAACCUCUUGAUAAUUUUGAUGUUUAUCACCUAAUACGGCAGUGUCUGAUUCCAACAUUUAAAAAAAAUUAAUUAAUUUUAAAGUGAUGAAAUUUUCAAAUUUUUACUGAACAUCCAUUACCAAAAGGAUAUUGUUACCACGUUGUGUUAAGGAACAUACAACCGUAUUAUGGUGGGUACAG